AUGUGGUUUGCGGGUGUCAAUGUUGGUGUGGGUAUUAAUUUCGGUGUGGAAGGCAUACUAGAUGAGGGUACCAAUGUAGUUGUGUGCGCCAAUAUGACUGGGGGUGUCAAUAUGGGUUUUGGUGUCAAUGUGGGUGUGGGUGUCAAUUUGGUUGUGGGUGUCAAUGUGAGUGUUGCUCUCAGUGUGGGUGUCAAUGUGGGUGUGGGUGUCAAUGUGGGUGUGGGUGUCAAUUUGGUUGUGGGUGUCAAUGUGAGUGUUGCUCUCAGUGUGGGUGUGGGUGUCAAUGUGGGUGUGGGUGUCAAUGUGGGUGUGGGUGUCAAUGUGGGUGUGGGUGUCAAUAUGACUGGGGGUGUCAAUGUGGGUGUGGGUGUCAAUAUGGGUUUUGGUGUCAAUAUGACUGGGGGUGUCAAUAUGGGUUUUGGUGUCAAUAUGACUGGGGGUGUCAAUAUGGGUUUUGGUGUCAAUUUGACUGGGGGUGUCAAUAUGGGUUUUGGUGUCAAUGUGGGUGUGGGUGUCAAUAUGACUGGGGGUGUCAAUGUGGGUUUUGGUGUCAAUAUGACUGUGGGUGUCAAUAUGGGUUUUGGUGUCAAUUUGACUGGGGGUGUCAAUAUGGGUUUUGGUGUCAAUAUGGGUUUUGGUGUCAAUGUGGGUGUGGGUGUCAAUAUGGGUUUUGGUGUCAAUGUGGGUGUGGGUGACAAUAUGGGUUUUGGUGUCAAUGUGGGUGUUGGUGUCAAUAUGGGUUUUGGUGUCAAUGUGGGUGUGGGUGUCAAUAUGGGUUUUGGUGUCAAUGUGGGUGUGGGUGUCAAAAUAGGUGUUGGUGUCAAUUUGGUUGUGGGUGUCAAUGUGGGUGUUGGUGUCAAUUUGGGUGUUUGUGUCAAUUUGGUUGUGGGUGUCAAUUUGGUUGUGGGUGUCAAUUUGGUUGUGGGUGUCAAUUUGGUUGUGGGUGUCAAUAUGGGUGUUGGUGUCAAUGUGGGUGUUGGUGUCAAUGUGGGUGUUGGUGUCAAUGUGGGUGUUGGGUGUCAAUAA